AUAAUUUGUUUCGUGCUGUGUCUGCGCAGAACUCUAGGCAGUGCUGUCGGGCUGUGCGGCGCGCGCUCUGACGCGCGGCUGCUGCUGUUGCUGUGAACUGCAGGGAUGUGAGACACGCGCCGGAUAAGCGAGGAGAGAAGAGACAGACAGCUCUCUUGACAACGUUAUAAAAAAACCCGGAACGCCUCCUCUUUGACCUGAUUCACGAGUAGCAGGUACUAUGCGGUCGCGCUGUGCGUGUGCGCUUGCGGCUCUGAGCGCGCGACGAUGUAAAAGGCAGCGCGUGCGGAUUCUGCGGCAGCUGUGAUCGGGAAUAACUGGGAUAGGAAAACUCAGCGAGGCAUGGAAAAGCACGCUGAUCACUGAGCAAAUAAUCAUCCAGACAAUCAUUCACAGACAUAUUCAUUGUGCGCGCCCCCAGGCGCUCCGUUCUUCGAUCGAUUACCACAGAAGAGACACACAGAGCAUAUGAAUGCGGGUGCGUGCGCUGCAAGUGAUUCCGUAGUUUCUGUCCUGCUCCGUUCAAACGCUGCUGAGAAGACCUUACAGCCAGGAACUGAGCUAUAUUGGCUCUGAAUGAAGUCUGUGUGCUGCUGGUUUAGAAUGUUGUGACGAUAACAUCAGCCUGACUCCGCUCUGACUGCGGCAGGUGGGAGCCCAGGGGUCAGGUAACGGUGACACUGGGUCAUUUCUGUGAGUGAGGGCUGAGUCAGGAGUGAAGCAGUGCUGCUUUUGAUUGACGGACAGCUCGGUGGGAAACAAGGCCUCGAGAGAGAGCGAGGGUCCGAUAACAGGAGUGAAAGCUUCGCAACGGCAAUAUCAUCUUUCAGUCUUUACUGCCACUCGUCUUUCACAACAUGGCCUCUGCGGUAGCACCGUACUCCUCUGUCGCUGCCUCUUUGGGGAUGUAGAAAGACACGGGACACACGGGCACAUUCUUGCAUGCUGCCGAAGAGGAAAAACUGGGGAAGUGUCGUAAGGUCCUUAUUAGAUAAACUGUGUUAAACAUCACUGCCGUCACAACUACUGUUACCUGGUUUUAGUGUUUCAAAGGGACUCAUAGGACCAUGAGUGUUUAGGAAGGUGCUUUCUCUGACUUUAUAUGUUCCUGUGUAACAUCGAAGGCCAAUGCGUGUGGCUCGAGAGCCCAUCAUGGCCAGACCGCUGCUUAAGAUCCACCGCUAUUUCCACCGUAAACCGAUACGCUUUUUCUCUUUCAUCCUCCUCUACCUCACCGCUGGAAGUCUUGUUUUCCUGCACUCUGGCUUCUCCAGCGAUACUUCCACUACUGGAGCUUCUGGAAGCGGCCGUGACCCACUUAUAUCUGAAGGUGGGGGCGGCACAGGUGCUGGGAGCUCUUCCUCUGAUGCUCUCGGGCUCCUAGGAAGAGUGUUUAAGGAAACAAGAAGAACCCCCCGGAGAUUUGGACCACCAUGGAUGAAGGAAAAUGGGGCACAGGAUGCACCGGAGUGGGCCGGAAGAGGAUUCGAUCAUACCAGCAGCUGGAGCCAUGGAGCCAAAGGAAGAACCACCAAAGAGAUGGACAAUGGGAGAGCAAAGUACAUCGGAUGUUAUGUUGAUGACACACAGAAGCGGGCUCUUAGAGGGGUUUCCUUUUUGGACUACAAAAAAAUGACUGUCUUCCGUUGCCAGGACAACUGCGCUGAAAGGGGUUAUCUCUAUGCGGGUCUGGAGUUUGGAGCGGAGUGCUACUGUGGACAUAAGAUCCAGGCACCCAACGUGUCAGAGAGUGAAUGUCAUAUGGAGUGUAAAGGGGAAAAGAGUAACAUCUGUGGAGGACCUAAUCGACUGUCCAUAUACAGACUGGAGUUGAGCCAGGAGUCAGUCCGCAGAUAUGGGAGUGCCAUCUUCAAGGGCUGUUUCAAGAGGCCAGAGAAUGUGACCCUGGCACUUCCUGCUAGUGCCGUUAUUAAAAACAUGUCAGUGGACAAGUGUGUUGACAUGUGCACAGAGAAAGAAUUCUCUCUGGCAGCCUUGGCUGGUGAAAAAUGUCACUGUGGAUUUCCUACUUCGCUCUUCACCCUGCAUGAGCGUGAGGAUGAGGAACUGUGUCUCCAGCAUUGUGCAGGAGAAGACUUUGAGAGCUGUGGAAACAAUGACUUCUUUGUAGUGUACCAGACCCAGGUGCAAGAUAAUCGUUGUAUGGACCGGCGCUUUUUACCCACUCGUUCCAAGCACCUAGUGGCACUAGCUAGUUUCCCAGGAGCAGGGAAUACAUGGGCCCGUCACCUUAUUGAGCUGGCCACGGGUUACUACACCGGGAGCUACUACUUUGAUGGCUCACUGUACAACAAAGGUUUCAAAGGGGAGAGAGAUCACUGGCGCAGUGGUAGAACCAUAUGCAUCAAGACCCAUGAGAGCGGCAAGAAGGAGAUCGAGGCCUUUGAUGCCAGCAUUCUUAUGAUCCGCAAUCCUUAUAAAGCACUCAUGGCAGAAUUUAACCGCAAGUAUGGUGGCCAUAUUGGAUUUGCCUCUCAAGCUCAUUGGAGGGGGAAAGAGUGGCCAGAGUUCGUGAAGAACUACGCUCCAUGGUGGGCAUCCCACACACUAGACUGGCUGAAAUAUGGAAAGAAAGUUCAAGUGGUACACUUUGAGGAUUUAAAACGGGAGCUUUUCUCUGAGUUAAAAGGCAUGGUCAUCUUUCUGGACCUAGAAGUCUCAGAGGACCGCCUGCUGUGUGUGGAAGGACAGAAGGAUGGGAACUUCAAACGCUCUGGGCUGAGGAAGCUGGAAUAUGACCCUUAUACACCAGAGAUGCGUGCAACUAUUGACGGGCUUAUUAAGACCGUGGACACAGCACUCAGAAAGAGAAACCUGUCUGGUGUACCCGAGGAGUAUAGACCCAGAUGAUACUCAUCUCUUUUUUUACUUCAACACAUUUU